ACCCCAGGGGCUCCACUUAUUGUUCCUCACUCGCCUCUUUUCUUUCUACUUCUCAUCAGGGUUUUACUUUUAGCUUAAACCCGCGGCCAUGGCGACGAGAGCAGCAGUGGCGGCGCCGCGCGUUUUGCGGCGGUUUUUCUGCACAAACUCAGCCUCUUCUUCUUUCCCCUUCGUUCCUACGCUGCCUCCCGGUGCCACCCCCGCCCCAACCCGACCCACGGCGGAGCCCAACACCAACCUCUUCGUCUCUGGUCUUAGUAAACGUACUAAUACAGAAAGGCUUCGAGAGGAGUUUGCAAAGUUCGGUGAAGUUGUUCAUGCAAGGGUGGUAACUGAUCGAGUCUCAGGUUACUCUAAGGGGUUUGGUUUUGUUCAAUAUGCUACAAUAGAAGAUGCUGCAAAGGGCAUUGAAGGCAUGGAUGGCAAGUUUUUGGACGGUUGGGUUAUAUUUGCAGAGUAUGCGAGACCAAGACCUCCACCAGGCCAACCUCUAAAUAGCAACAGUUCUCAGUAUGGCCGGCAGUGAUUCCUGUUAUUUAUCUAAAACGUUCUUAUGCCCAUUGAACUGGUUGUCUCAAUUAGCAAUUGCAAUUCAAAAAGUAUUAUUUAUUAGGGCAUGGAUGCUCGGGUGAUCUUUAAUUAUCUAUAAAAGUUCUAGAUUAUUGUAAUGGGAGGAUAACUUAUGAUAUUGUUGUAAUGCAAGAUUUCUCGUUGAUAGCCUUGCAUAUUUUGUGGUUAUGGUUACUCCAAAGUAGCUUCCUGUUUGUACUUAAGUAGAUUGAUGCCAAUGUCUGGACACGAUGGGGUUAUCUGGUCUGAUAAUCCCUUACCCUUAUACUUGAAACGAGAUAAAAAUGAUUAUUGUCUACGAUAUAUGAACAUGUUAUCAUAUACUUUUCUGGGA